AUGUCCACCACCAUAACAUAUAGUUUGGGAUUGGAAGAGUUACACUCCAAAGAAAAGCGUUUAUGGAAAUCUACAAUUGGAGAGUUUAUUGGCAAUUUGAUCUUGAAUUUCUUUGCCUGUGGUGCUUGUUCUCAACCUGAAGAUGGUACAUUUAAGUCUUUAGCUUUUGGCUUGGGAGUUUUUAUGGCCAUUACAAUAGUGGGUCAUCUUAGUGGUGGACAUGUGAAUCCUGCUGUUACAAUAGCUAUGCUCCUAACGGGACGUGUAAGCCUCAUUCGAAGUUUUUUCUACAUUGCUGCCCAGUGCCUAGGAGCUGCCGUGGCUACCAGUGCUGUGAAAGCAUUUAUCGAUGAGGCCUAUCACAAUGGCUUGGGUCACACAAAUCUGGCCGAAAACAUAUCAGAGUUACAGGGUUUUGGAAUUGAAUUCUUUUUGGGCCUUGUUCUGGUUCUAACAGUUUUCGGAGCAUGUGAUGCAAAUAAACCGGACUCGCGGUAUACGGCACCAUUUGCUAUAGGCAUGUCGGUUACAUUGGGCCAUUUGGGUACUAUACGUUAUACGGGUGCCAGUAUGAAUCCAGCACGUACAUUUGGCACAGCUUAUGCCACAAAUAAUUGGGAUUCCCAUUGGGUUUACUGGGCUGGUCCCAUUAUGGGUGGUAUCGUUGCAGCUCUAGUGUAUACACAAAUACUGGAAAAACCAGCUGAAACUCCAAAAGCUCCGGAGGCAUCGGAUAAAUAUCGUAUCCACGCUUAUGAGAGAGAAAUGAAAAAAUUCGAAAAAUCUGGUGAUUUUGCUUAAGUUUUAAU